AUGAUGAUGUUCAAGAUCAUGUAUGUAUCUCAUGAACUAAUUUGGCUUUGUUCUCAUGAAUCUGCAUUUACCCAGGAAGAAAUUCAAAAUAUCAGUGCAGAUGCAUUAACACAUGGGAGCAAAGAAGAAGCUUGUGUUGCUGUACCACCAGACAAUGAUGAGAGCUUGGGAGAAACAGCUGAGAAUGUGCUGGAGCCAAAGCAAAUUACCAGCAGUUUAAAAAUCCCUAACGUAGAAGUGGGUAUUAAUCCAGUGCAGGCUACCGAUGAGAACUGUAGUGAAAUAGAUGGGCAAACCGAAGCUGUUGAUGCAGAUAGUGUCAAGGAUGUGCUGGGAGACCCGCCUCACGACCUUGUCUAUAUCGAAGAGGAGAACGGUGAUGCCACAUUGCAAAGCAGUGAGCCCUCAAAGGAUAAAGUUUCAAACUUAAAAAGCACAAGCGGGAUUCAAGCUGCUAGUGAUGGCUCCGAGGCUGAGCAAGCAGGGAAAGAUAUAGAAGAUGCACUUUCUGACGAAGAGCAAGAAGUCAGUUAUGACCUAUCCGAUGCUGAACUGGAAAGUCACAGUGAUGGGGAGGUUAUUGAGUCAUGUGAGGUUGCACAGAAUCCACAGCUGAUAUACGACAGAGCGGAGCUCAUGUUACAUUAUCAGGCUCAACUGGAAGAGGCAUCAAAGCUCAGAGAGACAAACUACCAACUUCAGCACAAGCUUGCUGAAUACUUGAGGCGGAAGAAAACAGAUGAUGCAUUGGCGAAACAAGACCACGAUCCUAAGAAUGUCACAGAUCAGGAAGAGCGAUAUCACAAAUACAUGGCCAAUUUGCAAGCACUGAUCAGAGAGAAAACUGCCAUGAAGGAAAUGUAUACUGGGCAGAUCGACGAGCAACGAAUGAAAUGCCAGAGCAAGCUUCAGCAGGUUCAGCAGGAGACUGACACAUUUUUAAAAGUGAAGGAAGACGUGUCAACAAAGUCCUACAGUAGCCGUACAGGCAGAAUAUUCUCGCCGAAGGACGUUGAGCAAUUCAUGCAGCGAGAGGCGCAGAAGGAAACAGAGGUAACGACAAUGAGGCUGGACAACAUACAACUAAAAAACAAGCUUAAGAAGCAAGAACAACUUCUCAGGGAGAAGGAGGAGCUUGCAGAUGGACUCCAUCUCAUAGACUUCGAACAACUCAAAAUUGAAAACCAGACAUACAAUGAGAAGAUUGAAGAGAGAAAUGAGGAGCUGAUGAAGCUGAGGAAGAAGAUAACAAACACAGUACAGGUUCUUACCCACAUUAAAGAGAAACUGCAGCACAUGCAGGUGGAAAACGAGCAGCAGAACUGCAAACUGCAGGAGGCCGAUGCAGAGGUGACUCAGCGACGGGAUACGUUGAACCACAGCAAGCAGGUUCGUGACAACCUACGCACAGCCAACCAACGUCUGCAGCAGCAGUGUGGCAUGCUAGGAAAUGAAGCCCUUCUCUUUGACUACGAGGAAAGGAAGGAGGAAGCUGAGCAGCUCCAUGACAAACUCAGUGCCUUAAAACGCGACCAUGCUGCGAUGAUACUAAACUGCAAUAAAUUGCGCAGGAAAAUAGAGGGUGCCGAACACCUAGAUGAAUAGAACGGACAGCUUUG